GAAGAUCCAUAUAUAUAUUUUUCAUUUCAUCAUCUAUCUCCAAAUAAAAAUCAAGUAAAAUUAUAAUGGCGAUUGAACUAUGGGAGACGUUGAAAGAGUCAAUCACAGUCUACACCGGCUUAUCUCCGGCGACUUUUUUCACUGUCAUAGCUUUGGGCCUGGCCUUAUACUACGUCGUUUCGGAGCUUUUUGGUUCGUCGUCUUCCGAGGCGCAGUACAAGCGGUCUAGAGACGCUGAAGAGGAGGUGCAGCCGUUGCCGCCGCCGGUUCAGCUCGGCGAGAUUACCGAGGAGGAGUUGAGAGGUUAUGACGGCGCUGAUCCUAAUAAGCCGUUGCUUAUGGCUAUUAAAGGCCAGAUCUAUGAUGUUUCUCAGAGCAGGAUGUUUUAUGGUCCCGGUGGACCAUAUGCACUGUUCGCGGGAAAGGAUGCGAGCAGAGCCCUUGCGAAGAUGUCAUUUGAGGACAGUGAUCUAACUUCGGAUAUCAGUGGUCUUGGUGUAUUUGAGCUUGACGCCUUGCAGGAUUGGGAAUACAAGUUCAUGAGCAAAUAUGUGAAGGUUGGAACCAUCAAGAAGACAGUACCAGUGACUGAUGGUGAAACGACUGAAGGUGAUGCUAAGCCGGCAGAAGCUGCUCCAUCAGAGUCUGUAGUCCCAGAACCAAAGGAAACCACGACCGGUGGUGAAGCUGAUAAAGAGUAAUGGCCUUCACAUCUGAACAGCAGUGUAACAGGGAAAGUGGUGAUUAAAGUAAUGAAUGAUGUUUUUUCUGUUCAUCUCAUUUCCCAUUUUAGGGGAUAUAAGUUAAACUUUUAUCAUAAGUUGUAAGAAUAACGAAUUCUGCGUGUUUACUAGUGUGUUGGAAGUUAUGAUAUCUAAUUUACAGGUAUUUUGAAAUUA